AUGAGUUUUCUUAACCUUCGUGCAUUACGAAAUCAGAAAGUGACAACCGUUGCCGAUCUUUCAGACGAGGCUCUCGUCAAAGUAUUUCAAAGGUGCGAUGAUGUGACCAUAUUACGUUGCUCGAACGUAUGCCGCCGCUGGCGUGCUUUAAUCUUCAUGGAGGAACGGAAACCACAUUCAUUGGUUCGUCGAGCACAAAACACAGUUGGAAUUUUCAUAGUUGAUAGAAGAAGGGCGAUUCUCGAGAGAAUGUGUCCGGGUUCUGAACCGACUAAACUAACAGCUACUCGUAGUGAAUGUUCGUUGCUUAUAACGCCAUCGAUUCGAACACCGAGGACUACACGAAGUUCUCAUAAUGACAUGCCUCCUAAGGAGCAAGUCCUUCCAUUGGAAACAACAACGGUAUUUAUGGAAGAUCAGUUUGUGGAUCAAACGCAAGCUUCGUGGGCAUUCACUUUCGACUUUUCAUCCUGGGCGAACAAACAUCAUGUUGUUGAAGUCUGUCUCCAGAACUUUUGCUCGUUCCUUGACCGUGAGCAUCCACGAAUGGAGUUUCCUGGAGGCAAUGGACAUUCUGACGGCAACAACCAUGGAAGUUCUCCACAAAGUGGUGCCAUGCUCACACCACCAUGGUCUGGAGGAGUUGCUGGUCGUUCGCCUCCAGGAGAGGGGUCUACUGGUAAUGGUGUAUUGGAUCAGCGUGGAUACGCGUAUUAUCAAUUACCUUCUGCGCGAGCUUUGAUGAUUCACAACCCGCCUCUGACUGUAAUGGAUGACGAGACAAUAGCUGAACUGACUCGUCUGUCAUCUGGUCGAUUGGAACGUUUAGCGAAAACAUUAUCUGUGAUUCGACCGUUGCACAUUGUAUUUCGCGAUCACUCACUGUACAACCAUCGCCCUACUCUACUCCUUAUAUGGUUCCUCAAAUUACUUCAACCUUCGGUACGGCGUGUAACGUUUGACGGAAUUCAAGCUCAUCAUCUGAUACCGUUGCACAAGAUAUUCGACUUAAGCGGCAUUGAUGAAUUGAAUGUGAACCAGCCGCGAUUUUCUCCUGCAAUUUGUGUCUCUCAUCGUCUAUUGAUUAAUUGGCUGGCAUUACCGCCUCAACAUAGGCGCAGACUUCGGAUGAGGCUGUCCGGCUGCCGCACCAUGACUGCACGCGGUCUUGCUGUCUUUGUGCAGAGUUGGAAAGUCACACCAGAACCGUGUUUAUUCGAUCAAAUAUCUAUCGAUCUUCGAUCAGUACCAGUUUAUGAUUUUCUUGCCGAAAUGGAAACACCAACGAAGGAUCCAGAGGAGCCCGAAGACUGGCGACCACCCACGCCACCGGCAGCUGCAUACGGUCAUGGGCCGAUGGCGGCAACAAGCAGAUGGACAAACUGUAAGCUCACUGUAAAGCACCGCAAGAGCAAUGUCACAUUGAAUAUGUGCGUAGCUGAAGGCUUCAUUGUGCUUCGUUGUAACGCUCCAAGAGAACAGCGACUUGCACCACAAGGAUCCACGUUAUGUCGGAGGAAUCUUCCACGACCAUCUUCUUCUCAAUGUUUUGAAACAAAAGCUAAAAGCGGAUCGUUGUCACGUUACGAGCAAUCAUCACUGAAGCGAAUUGAUACGGAGCCAUUACACCGCAGCCCGUCGGUGUUCGACAAAAUGUUCGGCUUCCUGCUGCGAUCUAAUGCAUGA